AUGUCUUUCUUCGGACUACCUGACCGCAACUUAGAGGAAGAAAGGGAAAGGAUAAGAAAUGGUGGCCUUCAUGAAAACGAAGAUGUAGCUGUUUAUACGUGGGGAGAAGAGAGCUACGAUGGCCUCGGUGACGCGCUGCAAGAAGGUGGUGACGAUUUCAACGACGAGACUUUCGGUGGGACCGGUGCAGUCGGGAAAGAUUUCGAUUUUUCUGGGCAAACGAGACUAUUGGAAACACAACAGAGUCGGGCUACUCAACAAUCGAAGCGGCCAGCUCUGGACUCAACUCCCUCUCUCGAAUCGAUAUGGGAUGACAGGUCGCCCUUCUCUGUUCUACCCCGCGAAAAUGGUGCUAGCCGCCAACCGCACCAGCAUUCCCAAUAUUCGCCGUUCUUAGAAUCACCUAUCCUUCACCAGAGUUCUCCAUCUCUGAGCGGAGCACGAACCGUACAAGAAAUCGAGGCAGAAAUGAGGGCAGCUGUGCAAACCCGAAACGCGAGUCAACGUCAACAGGAACAACAACAACAUGCGUUGAGGCUCCAGGAAGAGCAAUUUUUGCAGGAACAAGCAUUACUUGAGCGCUUCGCUAUUGAGCGGGAGGAGAGGGAAAGAGAGCAACUACACAUCCAAGCCCUACAGAGACUCCAGCAACAGCAAGCAAUGCAACUUCGUGGACAGCGAACGCCUCCUCCACGAAUGCUUCCAGUUUCCCAAUCACCGCGAUUUAUCGACCAGCGACAGCUUUUGUUGUUACAGCAACAAGAGGAGCAACAACUACAAUUGCGUGUUCAGCAACAUGAAGCUCAGCUUCAAGAGCAGCUUCGCAUGGAGGACCUCGAGCGCCAGUUGCGCGCCCACCAGAUUUCUCAACUGAAUCAAGGGCCUACCCACUUCACACAUCGUCGUCAACAAUCUGGGCCUACUAUUGCUGAAUUGCGCGGCCGAUCCCGGUCUCCUGCUGCUUAUCGAGAUUUCAAUGUUGUUCCCCAAAGUGCCCUCCAACAGCGCCUUCUCGCCGAGCUCGCGCAAGCAGAUUAUAUUCGUGAGUUGCAGGGUGUUUCACAAGCGGAACAAGAGGUUCUUCGAGCAGAAGCGAUGCGAAAGAUCGUAGAAACUGAGAAGAUGGAGGAUAAGCGCCGAAGGAAGGCUGCAAAAAUAGCUCAUAUGUCGCGCUACAAUGACCUGAUGACCCAGUCAGACAAGGAUUUUAUCACUCGCAUUCAAGUUUCUCAGCUGGUGACGCCUGACCCUUACGCAGACGACUUUUACGCUCAGGUCUAUGGAGCGAUUUUGCGCUCUCGCAUGGGACUACAAUCUCAGGAUGAUCGGGUGCUCAAAUUUGGUAGUGGCGGUGGGAUUAGUCUUGGCGCGCCCCAAAAGGCCCCUACCAGGAGGCCCAACGCAAUGCAGCGAAUGGAGCAACAAGUCGAACGAAUCGUGAACAAUGCCCGUCGGAGAGAAGAAGAAAAGGGUCUCCACUCGUUGCACAGUCUCCAAGGUGCAUUGGGAAAAACAUCUGGUCGUAGCUAUAAAGCUGCGCCUCGUCAGCUCUUACAAGUGGAUGACAAUGGCGCUUCCUCGCCAACUCACCCACAUCCUCAUAUAUCCAAAGAGGAUGCGAAGGAUCGUGACGCCGCUCAAGAAGUUGCAAGGCUGAGCCGUGAAACAUUGGGAAAUCACGGCGGCAACGUUGUUCGGAAGGAUCCACUCACUCACCGUCAAGUGCUGACGAUUCUCGAAACAUUGUACGACCUAGUUCUCAAAGUCGAACAAAUGAGGCGUGAUCAACCGCUAGAGGAGGAAGGCGAAAUCUACGAGAGAUGGAAAACGGAAUGCGACGCUGUCGUGGAGCAGCUCUGGGAGGGCCUUCAAGUGAUGGUUCCAUUAGAAACGAGUAACCCCCAUCCAUUUGUCUCCUUGUUGCAACCUAGCAAGGGCAAAAAGCUGCUUCCACGCUUAACCAGACAUAUUGACCACCCUCGCAUGCUAACGUUGAUGACACUCCUUGUUGCUUGCUUUACGCAAAUGGAUGUGGUGAAGGAGGCACCGCUGCUAGAUUCACUAGACGAGUCAUCCGAACGAGCAGAGACAGACCGUCAAACGCAAGCUUUUCUGACGAGUGUGCUUCAGAGCAUUCUUCCCGUGGUGACGAAGCUCGAACUUCACAUUGUUACUGCGCUGCUGGGUCUGCUGAUAGACCGGAGCGAAAACAUUGGGCUCUUAGCUCAGACGAAGCCUGGUUUGGCGUUACUUACACUGUUCUUGAGCCGUGUCGAGGUUAUUAAACAAGCUUGGGCGACCGGCGCUGAGCCAGUUGACCCAAUAUCGGCUGCUGGAUACCUCGAACAAUGGCAAGCUGUGUUUGACCAGUUUUUCGUUCUCCUCACGCCCCACCUGUUGCGAUUGUUUCCCUCGAGUCGUAUCGCGCUCCAGCCGCAUCACCCUGCAACUGUUGCGUUGGCCAUAGACAUCAUCGACCAGCCUGUGUGGCAAUUUUUAGCUGCCCUUGCACUUCAGGCAGUGCCAGAGCAACACCAAGUUUUGGUUACUUCGCUGCGGGAAAAAGUGCUGGAGAAUGUGGUCAGUGCUAACAAGGGUUGGGUGGCUGGUGAAGAAGAGAGGCGAACGAAACUGGCCAACGUUAAUCUAUUCCUACACGCACUUGGUUUAGAUAGUUCUCAAAUUACGCUUUGA